CCUGCGAGUGCGAAAUCAGAUCAAGGAAAGGCAGAGUUUACCCUUCAGUGGUGACAUAGGUUUCAUCCGCGUGUCCCGGAAGUUCUCUGGGCUUUUGGUGACGCUGCAUUAGGCAACAUGGCUUCAUUCCGUUUAUUCACACUGCUGGUGCUGUCCUUGGUUCUUGGGACUCAGGCUCUGACCCCAUCUCAUCAUCUGACUCCCACUGAUGUGGCUAGACUGCAGGCUGCUUUGAGCCAGCCCCUCACUGACCUAAAGUCUGCUUAUUACUCUGUUGUCGGUCUGAGCGAGCUGGGCAUCUCCACUGCUGAUGCAGAUGAGACAUGCAAGUUUAUCAAAUCAAACUUGGACACCUCUAGUGUUGAGUCCCUGUUUUACGCAGCCGAGGCCAGCCAAACUCUCUCUGGAUGUGAGAUUCCAGUGUCAAAUGAGACACGUGAUUUGCUGUUGGCGGCUGUGAGUGAAGACUCCACAGUGUCUCAGAUCCAUCAAUCUGUGAGUGCUCUCAGCUCACUUGGGCUGCCCCUGGCGUCACAGGAGGUGGUCAGUGCCCUGAAAGCUCGCAUCUCCAAAGAGGACAAUGUCUUGGCAAUCAUACUAGCACUGCAGACUGCAUCUCGUCUUUCUCAGCAGGCUGACCUUGGAGAUAUCCUGGAAGAAAUAGAGGAUCUGGCUGCACGUUUGGAUGAUCUGGGUGGAGUGUAUCUUCAGUUUGAGGAGGGUCUGGAGGCCACGGCACUGUUUGUUUCUGCCACUUACGCUCUGUCUGAUCAUGUGGACAUAGAGCCCCCACUGAAAGAGCAUCAGGUAAUCCAGCUGGUAAACUCCAUUUUCAGUAAGAAGUCAUGGGAAACUCUAUCAGAAGCGUUCAGCGUGGCCAGUGCGGCUGCAGCGCUCUCCAACAAUCACUUCCAUGUGCCUGUCAUCGUCACUGCAAAGGGCCCUGCUGCUGUGUCCCACAGCCAGCCCCUUCUGCAGCUUCAGUUGACGGAUGUUCUGUGCCAACCACUCAGUUCAGCCAGUGUGCUGGUGGAGUCGGCCAGUGCUGUGGCCACAAAAUCAGCCAUCCUCACCCAAGCACCCUUCACCCUCAGAGAUGGGGUUUUUGAGCUGAAUUUCAUAGCAAGCCAGCCUGCAAGUGGCUACUAUCAGUUCUCUGUUGCCGUCACUGGAGACAGACGAUUUGUUGCCAACCAUGUUGAGCUGAAAGUGAAGGUCUCGACCAGGGUUGCCAUCAACAAUAUGGACUUGUCUAUGGUGGAUAAGGACCAGAGCACUGGCCCAAAAACCACCAGAGUGGAAUAUCCUAAAAAAGCCCAGGCGUCCUUUAUGGCCGACAGCCAUCAGAACUUUGCCAUGACAUUCCAGUUAGUUGACGAGACAACAGGAAUUGAACUCGCCCCUCACCAGACGUUUGUGAGAUUGCACAACCAGAAGACAGGACAGGAGGUGGUGUUUGUGGCUGAGCCUGACAGUAAGAACCUGUAUAAGUUUGAGUUGGACACAGCUGAGAGGAAGACCGAGUUUAAUUCCAUCUCUGGCACCUAUGCUCUCUACUUGAUGGUGGGAGACGCUACACUGGAGAACCCCAUCUUAUGGAACGUGGCUGAUGUUGUGCUCAAGUUUCUGGAUGAAGAGGCACCUUCAACAAUUCAAGCCAAAACUUUAUAUAUGCCCAAACCAGAAAUUCAGCAUCUGUUCAGAGAGCCAGAGAAGAAGCCUCCUACAGUUGUGUCCAAUGCAUUUACUGCCCUGGUCCUUUCCCCAUUUUUGCUCCUACUCAUUCUGUGGUUUAAACUGGGAGCCAAUAUCUCAAACUUCACUCUGUCUCCUAGCACUAUACUCUUCCACAUAGGCCAUGCAGCUAUGCUGGGUCUUAUGUAUGUGUACUGGACUCACUUAAACAUGUUCCAGACUCUGAAGUAUCUGGCUAUCAUAGGCAGUCUCACAUUCCUGGCUGGGAACCGCAUGCUGGCUCAGAAAGCUGUAAAAAGACUCGAAAGAAAAUGAUGUUGGAGAAAUCAUCUGAAAAAGACUAUGGAUGCUUCAUAUUCAUGUUUGUCUUUAAGAAAUCUUGGAAUGGAAAUGUUGGUGGAGGUUAAAUGGGAAACAAAAGAGCAGGCUAAACUAGCCUGAAUCAGUUCCAAAAAUGCAGAAUUUAGAAAAUUCAUUAAACACAGUUUGGCUUUUUUCAACAUGUUUAUUUGAAAAUGCACUGUAAGAUAAAUUUGAUACAUUGAGGAUAUAUGAUGAUUGUUUCUUGUACAGCGAGUUGUUUUUGGUGGUAAUCCUAAUGACAGUCCAUGCUGUUCAUCUACGGUUGUGUUUUGGUUUUUGGGGUUCAUUUUGUUGUUUUUGAAUGCAAAUUCCUAUCCUCAGAUUUUUUUUAUUUUUAUUGAAUAAUACAACAUGGUCUUGGAGUUUUGUGUUUUUCCCUCCCUCCCUCCCAUUUUGUUUUUUUAUAUAAUGA